AGGAAAAAAAAAAUAAUAAUAAUCUUUAUAAUUUAGUAACGAGAUGGCAUUGCGUAUACAUCGGGGACCACAAAAUGGCGGAGAAUGUACUGUCCCAAGCCCAAACUGAGAAGUUAUUACAAUUCCAGGAUCUUACUGGAAUUGAUGAUAUGGAAAGAUGUAAAGAUAUUCUUCAAGCACAUAAUUGGGAUAUUGAGGUAGCUGUACAAGAUACGUUAAACAUUAGAGAAGGUACACCUUCUGUAUACAACCCUCCACUUUCAGUUCCACCACCUGUUGUUAAUCAUCCAGCAGAUCAAAGGAUAUACUAUGCAUCUUCUGCAUUGCGACCACAGGGUAUCUGGGGAUGGAGUUACUUCUUGCUGACGUUUCCAUUUAAUUUUAUAUAUAAUUCACUCUUAAGUCUUCUGAGAUUUUCACUUAAUUUGAUCAGGUCUGAUCCUCGAAGAUUUGUAACAGAUCCAGUAGGAGAUGUGACAAAUUUCAUCAGCAGAUAUGAAGAAUCUUAUGGCAAAUGCCAUCCUGUUUUUUAUCAAGGAACAUACAGUCAAGCCUUAAAUGACGCAAAGCGUGAGUUAAAGUUUCUUUUAGUAUAUUUACAUGGAGAUGAUCAUCAGGAUACUCCAUAUUUUUGCAGGUCAACACUUUCAAAUAAAGAAGUAAUAGAAUUUGUCAAUACAAAUAUGAUAUUUUGGGCUUGUUCUGUUACAUAUCCUGAAGGUUACAGAGUUUCACAAGCUUUACGAGAAAAUAGUUAUCCUUUCCUAGCUGUGAUUGUUUUGAGAGAAAACAGAAUGACAGUAGUUGCAAGGUUAGAAGGUCCUUCUGAGCCUGAAGAAUUGUUAGAAAGAUUAUUGCAAAUUAUUAAUGAUAAUGAAGGUUCACUUAUUGCAGCUCGUUUAGAAAGGCAAGAACGUAGUCUUAAUCAAACUCUGAGGCAACAACAAGAUGAAGCUUAUGCAGCUUCUUUAAGAGCAGAUCAAGAAAAAGAAAGACGUAGACAAGAAGAAAGAGAUAGAAAAGAACUUGAAGAAAAAGCAAGACGGGAAUCUUUGUUAGCUGAACAAAGGAGAAAAGAGGUUUUAUAUAUUUUAGUGAAAUUUUCUAUUAUUUAGCAAAUUAUUCAUUAUGCAGUAAAAUUGUUUAAAAUGGAAUCUACAAGAGAUGGAAAAAUUUUUAUCCUGACAAUUCCUAUUUACACAGAUAUGCAUCUGUACAAGACAAAAUCUGUUCAAUAUGGAAAUGAAAACUAAUAAAUUCGACUCAUGGCUAAAAUUAAUUUGUGUACAAUGGAAUGUACUUAGUUGUUGAAGUUUGCUAGAGCUUUUUUCUUAUCAUUUAUAUGGUGGUAUGAAUCAGCUGAAAGAAAAUUCCUAAAAAUGUUGUGUAGUUCACCUCUAUAUAGCCAGAAAACAUGUAGGUUUCCUUGAAAGUAGUCCCAAGGAAAUGUCUUGAAAGCAAUAACUGUCAAAAUCCAUAACUGUCAAAGUUGUCAAAAUCAGCAGCUUGCAGAAGAGACAGAAAAACAAGGUUUAUUUAUUUUCGCUGAAUCCAUUUUAAAGUUCAGAGAAAUGGAAAUGUUUGUUCUCUAGAAAUGAAAAUUUGAGGAAGAACAUUUUCCUAUAACCAAUCUGCCAUCAGAAGUCCAAAGAUAAAAGAGAAUGAGAGAAUAACAGUUAGAAUUCUAACACAAGCUGCAUAAUUUCUCAGUGUUUUUGAUGUUGCUACUUAUAAGAAGAAAGUUGAGCAUCUGACAACUUAUAGAUUGUUUCUAAGUUGGUAAAAUUCAAACUUACAACAUUAAAGCAGAAAGCUGAAAUCUAACAAGAAUGAUAAGAACAAACAAUUCUUUAAAACAAAAGCUAGAAAGGCUGAAAAUGAAGAAAUCAACGAAUUGGUAUUUAAAUGGUUUGUGGAUGCUAGGGCCCACAAUUUUUCAGUUUCUGACCGAAUUUUACAAACAAGCAACAUUAAAUGCCAAGAAACUGGGUGCCACACAGAAUUUAAAGCAUCCAAUGGUUGGCUAAUGAGUUUGCAGCAUUAAUUGCCAAGAAACUGGGUGUCAUACAGACUUUAAAUAAAGCAUGAUUAGCUAAUAAGUUUCAGAAUACAUUGUGACAUUUCAUCAAAUUCAGCUGUCAGAGAGUGAAAAUAUAUUGAUGAGAAUGUUAUUGAUGACUGGAUGAAACAGUUGUCAGAAUUAACGCAUGCAUGGAUAUUAUUCAAAAGAUAUUUACAAUGAAAAUGAAACCAGUUUGUUUUUUAGAGUUUUGCUAAAUAAGACACUAACUUUUAAAUGUGAAAAAUGUGUUGGUGGUAAACAGUUGGAGAGGUUUACCAUCUUUUGUUGCAGCUUAACAGGUGAGACAGAAAAGCCAGUGGUUAUUGGAAAAUCUAAAAAGCAUGUUGCUUCAAAAAACUGUCAUGAAGUUGACAGUGAUAUGGGAAGAAAACAAAUGUGCAUGAAUGACAGCAGUUUUCUUGGAAGAAUGGCUGAUUGGAUUUAAUGCUAGAAUGAAAAUGCAGAAGACAAAAGUAGUUCUCUUUCUAGACAAUGCAAUGUCUCAACAACAAAUUGUUUUAUCCGAUGUAGAAAAUUGGUUUCUUCCUCCCAACACAAUGAGUGUUACUCUGUCAUUAGAUGAAGGAAUCAUUUUUACCUUGAAAUCUCACUACUGCCAAAUGCUUUUGCAUUCUCUUAUUUCAAACAUGAAAUUAUGAAACUCAGUUUCAGAACUUGCAAUGAAAAUCAAUAUAAAGUUGCUCUACAAUGGUUGGAAAAAGCAUGGAAAGAUUUACGGAAGACCACUUUUCAGAAUAAUUUCCGGAAGCAGGUUUAGCUGCUGCUGCCCCUGAAACUGCAGAAAAUGACAAGUCAUGGUGACCUGGAGAUGAAUCACUAUGAAAUGUUAGGAUAUUUGAUGUACCACAUGUUUCACUAAUAUUUAAGUUGAAUGUUAUGUUUCCACAGGCAAAUUAUUGUCUAAAUCAAGUGGGAUUCAAUUGCUUGAAAGAUAUUGUAGAAAAGAACAAAAAGGGUGACAGAAGUGAAGAAUGAAUGUGUUGACAAUGCUAAGAAAAAAAGGAAGAUUCAAGAAAUGACUGCAAAAUUAAUUCAAUCUUUUACUAUUAAGUAAUAAUUAUUUAUAGGAGCUAUCAUACAUUGAGGAGUUAUCACAGGAUAUAUCAUACAUAAUAUAAAGUUAUUCAUAAAGCUUAUUUAUUAAAUAAAUAUUCGUGACUAUUCUGAUCACCUAAAGUACAUUUUGCCUUAAAAUACCAUGGUACAGCCCUCAUCAGUUAGGAACUUACAGGUCGGAUAUGAACAUAUAAGACUCUGACAAUGGUACAUUUUACAUGUCUAAAAAUGUAUGUACUACAAUGUUAAAAUACUAUAAACAAACAGCUAGCUGUCAACAGUUGCACUUACAUUAUACUAAUUACGUAAUACAGUGGGUGAUUGGUUAAUGA